AUGGCAGACUACACCACCACAAAGCCUUUGCUCAUCGUCGUGAUGGGCCCCGCGUCUUGCGGCAAAUCCACCAUCGGCAGCAACCUCGCCCGUGACCUCGGCAUCUCCUUCAUCGACGGUGAUGCCCUCCAUCCCCCGGCCAAUGUCGCAAAGAUGAGCGCUGGCAACCCUCUCGACGACGCCGACCGCCUUCCCUGGCUCCAGAUCAUCAGGGAAACUGGUAUCCGCGAGUGCCACGCCGCCUGGGAGAGGGGAGACGGCCGCGUGCCCGGACAGGAGGAGGGGGAGGGCAAGCUCGGGCGCCCGGCUUGCGUCAUUGCGUGCUCGGCACUGAAGAAGUAUUAUCGCGAUAUUCUGCGCGGGAAGGCGGAGGCCGUUCGGGAGGACAAGCCCAUCAUGAAGACCAUCUUCGUGUACUGCAACGGCUCGCCCGAACUGUUGGCACAGCGCAUCGCUGCGCGCCAGGGACACUUUAUGAAGCCCCAAAUGCUCGCAUCCCAACUCGCAACACUCGAGGACCCGACAUCCGAGCCCGGGGUCGUUGACGUAGACAUCUCGGCCGACCCGGAAGAGGUAUCGCUGCGUGCGUUGAGCGGCACGCGCCGAGUCGUGGCAGCGAUGGACGCGCGUGGCGAAUGA